CGACUUUCCCAAAAGUGUUGUUAUCUCCCUUUACAUAAUAUUUUAGAAUUAUCUCCCCUGAACGUUGUCUUCUUCCGGUGAGUAGUUUCAUCAAAAUGGCGGAGAAAAGUGACGUUAGCAUUGUUGCGAGUGAUGUAAAUUUUGAUUCAAUGAACAUGAAAGAACUUAGAACAUACUUAAGAGACAGAAACCAAAAGGUAACAGGAGUUAAGGAUCAACUCAUAGCUCGUGCAAAAGGUGCACAUGCACUGAAAUUACAGAAAAAUACUUCUGUGGUUGGACAAUCUAACGCUUCUGGUACCCUCGGUAUUUCUUUGUCAAUAACAUCAAAGCUUUGUACGCCGAGUGGUUAUCAGAUGCCUGAUCCUCUUUCAUUAAUUACUGGAUGGAGCGAUGAUCUAGAGUUGCUGCCAUUAUUCACAGAGAGGGACAUAUACAAUUACCUGGUAUUGAGCACCCAUCGAACUGUGGACAGUAAACCCAUGAAAGCUAUUCGUCAACUCAAGGCAGCGAUAUUUUAUGAAGACCGGCACGUCCACAGCAUAGCUGUUCACGGUAUCUCUGACGACUGUGACCAUCUGUUUGUCAGAUGUUUAGUUAUACCAUCUCUACCAACAACAGAUAAGAAGAGUAAUCCUGACCAUCACGUCUGGGUCUGCCUGUCUAAAGUAACAGGCCAUAUCAACUCUGCUUACUGUACCUGUGCAGCUGGAGCUGGAGAAGCCUGCAACCAUGUCUCUGCUCUGCUCUAUGCCUUGGUGGAUAUAUCACAGAAGAAGGAAGCAGGACAACUCUCGUGUACCUCUACCAAAUGUAAAUGGAUGAUCCCUCGCGAUCGAAAGCUUGCUCCUUUGACCGCCGACGACCUACAUCUAAUGUCAAGUGGGAGAAGGAGUGUAUUAAAGAGGAGAAGAGAAGAAACUAACUGCACAGUAACGUCUUCAUAUAUUGAUGAACCCUGUGAUAUGUGUCCCAAUACAGGUAUGCCCAAAACAAGCAUAAAUGUGGACCGAUUUAGGAAAAAAUUAAUAAGUAAUGAAAACAAAAAGAAAUGUGGAUUUGUAGUCACAACAGGUGUAGUAAAUGAUGAAGGGCAGAUGGAUGAUGUAAGACUUCCACAGUUACAUGCACCACCAGUUGACUUUUGCUUUUGUGAUAGUGUUGAUCUUUCCUCUCAGAGUUGUCAGAAUGUGUUUGAAAAUUAUGCUGAAACUAUCAAAGUUACUGAAGAAGAGUCAACAAUUAUUGAGAGCAUUACUAGGGGACAACAGAAGCAGGAGAAUUGGAAGGAGGCAAGGAAAGAGAGGAUAACAAGUUCUGAUUUUGGCAGCGUUUGUCUACGGAGAUCCACUACUGAACCAGAUAGACUUGUCCACCAUGUUCUGGGUUACGGUAAAGAUUUUUCAUCAGUUCAUACGAGAUGGGGCACUUCCCAUGAGCCAGCUGCUCGACAACUAUAUGUUCUCAGGAUGACUAAAGACCAUCCUAAUGUUAGGGUAACACAGUGUGGACUCAUUGUAAAUCCACAGUAUCCCUAUUUGGGAGCUAGUCCUGAUGGCCUGGUGUCUUGUGUUGACUGUGAAAAGUGCUGUUCAUCAUAUGGACUACUUGAGAUCAAAUGUCCCUCGACACUCAGGGAUCUUAAACCACAAGAGGCUGCUUCACAAACGGAUUUCUUUUGCAAAUUGGAUGAAAAUAUGAACUUGAAACUUAAAGAAAAUCACCCCUAUUACUUUCAAGUUCAAGGUCAAAUGGCUAUUGCACAGAGAGAAUGGUGUGACUUUGUAGUUUGGACACUGAAGGGUAUUUCAAUUCAGAGAAUUGCAUUUGAUAAAUUGAAAUGGGAGGAAAUGUUUCAAAAACUGAAACGUUUUUAUGUGACAGCAAUUGUGCCAGAACUCUUCUCCAGACGAGUGCAUCGUGGACUUAAACUGUACUAAUUAUCUUCACAAGUAUUACACCAAGUGACUUAUUACUGAUUGAAAAUAUUUGAAAAUAUUCUCAAAUCAUGAUAUUGUAAUAAUUAUCAUCAUGUAACAACUUUCAUAUUCAUAUUCAUAUAUUGUUCCAACGGAAUUUUUAGAAUUUCACAUUAUGCAGAACUACAUAAUAGUACAUAUAUCGUCAAUAGAACAUACAUCAACAGUGACAAAAUUGAGUUUUUAGUCAAAGGGCGGAUAACUCCAGUGAUUACCGUAAAGGGACAUGGAAAAUCUUCAUUAUUUCAAAUAUAAAGCUGCAAAAAGAUAAGAAAAGUUGAUGAUAUAAAUU